AUGGAUUUGUCGCUCGAGCGGGCGCUCAAGAUCCUCGAGACGCCCACGGCUGCGGCCCCUGAGACGGUCGAGUUCCGCGAGAGCAGGAUCAAGAGCUGCCGACUCAUCGCCGCCCAUCUGUGCAACCUUGCCCUUCGGGCGAAUACCGACUUUGCAGCGCAGCUGUCGCGUGGCAUCGCUGCCCUCCUGCACACAUGCGGCGACAAGGACAUGUCCGUGUGGACGGUCGCUGACGAGACCCUCAACAAGGUCAUCAAGACCCUGAUCGCCUCCUUCCAAGACCGAGUUCUGAUUGCGCUCUACAAAGGCAUCAAAGGCGAUGAGUUGAUCCAGCAGACGCUGAGCGACUCGAUGGACAAGCUCUGCUGCACGCUGGUCUACUAUCUGCGCGAGAAGGAGGUCAACAACAUCAUCGAACUCCUGGUCCGCAACCUCGCCGACGUGUCUGGAGCGAUUCGGCGCGCAUCGGCGGCUUCGAUUGUGGUCAUCUGCCGCCACUACCCUAAGUCGCCGUUCGACUUUGCCAUCUACACCAUUCGCAAGCAGCUCCAGUCCUACAUCAUCCCCGCAACCAAACCCGACCAUCAGGUGUCGACGCCCGUGGGCUCGCCCAAGGUGGCGCGCGCUGCGCCGGCGAUCACGUCGCCGCGCAAGGAUUCGGCGGUGCAGAAUCGGGCGAUGUCGUUCAUGGACGACAAGGACAACAAGGACGACGACGACAUCAACAUGGACGAAGAGGAAAAGGACGGCGCCGACAACUCCCGCAAGGAGCACGAGAAGGAGGACGAAAAGGCUUCAAACGAAGUGAAACAGCCGAUAUCGGAGGCCAACCUGUACGGCAUCCUGUACUGCCUGCUGCAGCUGCUCAACCUCUCCGAAGAGUGGAAGAGCCGAGUCGUGGAUCCGCGCAACCCCAUUCUCCCGCAUGUGCCCUUCCUACACGACCUGGCCUCCAAAUGUAUGGUCCAUUACGACCAGAACGUGAUGGGCAUCGCGUUGGAGCUCCUCCAGGCCAUUCUGGCAGCCUCGCACAGUCCCUCGCGCAAUGCCGUUCUCAACUCGCAGCUCGUAUCUCCCACGACCGUGCCUGAGAUCCUGGGCCGACUUACGUGGAUCCUCAACCGCAAGCCUCCCGUUCGAGUGGCCUCGCGCGCGGUGGUGCUCCAGUGCCUGUCGUUCCUGGCCCUCCACUACACCCAGACCUUCUGCGACUACUUCCGGCUCACCGACGGCGCCGAGGCCGCCACCGCCGUCGAUGAUCUCUCCAAGGGCGACGCCGCGGCGGCACCGGCCGAUGAAGCCGAGGCUGCAGCUGACAACGGCGGCAGCGGCGUCGCGCAGACCACCUACGCGCAGAACCAGCACACGAUGAAGGAGCUGCUGCAGCUGGUGACCUUCUCCGAUCCGCUGAUCCGCGGCAGCCUCGCCCACAUCAUCGCCUGCUUCAUCGCUGGCAUUCUUCGCAAUCCGCACACCACGGCGACACCCGCACAAGCGACGGCGGCAACGAGUCCGGGCGCGGAGGAGUCGGUGCCGGUGCCGGUGCUUGCCCUCGAGGUGAUCGACGUGCAGUCGCUCAUCGUUGACUACCUGCUCCGGCUGCUGCUCGACGAGUCCGCCAACGUGCGCAAAAUGGUGUGUCGCGCGCUCAUCACGUGCUUCGACGACAUCCUCGCCUCGGCGUAUGCGCGCUGCGCAAUCACGAUCCUCUACACCCUCAUCGACAGCAUCCGUGAGGACACCUAUUGGCUCGUCAAGACCGAGGCGCUGGCCUUUGUGGCGAGUGUGGACUACUGCGCGCUUCAGGUGGUCGAGCGAGACCUGGCCACGGAAAACCGGGUCUUCGUCUACACUCGCGAGGAGACGUCGUUCCAGCGGCGCUGCCUCAACAUGGUCCUCGACCUACUCGCCAGCCCCGACGCUCGCGUGCGCCAGGCUGCGGCUGAGGCUGUGGUGACGCUCGUGGAGAGGCUUCAGUUGUACUCGCCCGCCGGGCCUACGCACCCCUACGCUGCGCUCAUCGAACGCCACAUUCGCCACCUGUGCACCGUCCACUCCAUCAAGAAGUUCGCGAUUCGGAGGGACGUGCUGCAUAAUUUGUCGCAGGUGGCGCAGCUCCUGUUGGAGCGGGUGAACGCGCUGGUGCCGGAGGACGGCGUGCGAGGAAUCUACCACGCGCUGCUGCUCCUCUGCAAGGCCUACGCCAAGCCUCACACCUACUUGACCCACGCCCACACUGAGGGGAUGAAGAACUUUGAUGCGCUGCCCAACCCGAUGGCCAUCUACUUUGGCGACUUCGUCCCGCUGAUCGUCGAACGGCUCACGUCGUCAUGGGCUGCCACUGAUCUCGACGUACACAUCGACCUCGUCCAGAUCAUCGGCUACAUGUGCAAGAAAUCGGAGCGACAUCACCUCACCUCGCAGUGGCUGCGCAUCCUGCAACACCUGCUCGCGGUGAUCACCCUCCUCAGCCACAUCGCCCAGCGCAAGCCGGCACCCCAGUCCAGACCCGAAACUGCCUCGGGCUUUGCCAUGAUCGCCGACCUCGCCGCAUCGCCGGCGACCAAGGGCGCAGUGCUGGGAACGGCCGCGACCCAGGGCGUCUACACCGAACUCUACGAAAAGCUGCACAGCACCUUCUCCACCUCCCUGAUCUCCUUCGAGCAGGACAAGUUCUCCCUCCUCCGCAAGUCCUGCUUCAAGGCGAUGGCCAUGCUGAUCAGGAACGUGGGACGCUACGUGGUGCCCUUCGCCCAGGAAAUCCUCAACCACCUUAACGUCCACUUCUUCCUCUCCCCGAAGGAGGUGAUGUCGUGCUUGUUGGAGCUGUUCAUGGUCACGUUCCACCCCGUGCAACCGUCCAAGGCCCAAGUCCAACGCGUCUUCCACGACGCCAACUACAAAUCCCACCAGGCCAUCGUCCACCCGCACAACUUGGGUGUCUACGAGCAGCUGUACCAGGGCUUCGAUGAGGAAGCGGCGAUGGCGGCCUCGCUGCAGGACGCCUCCAAGGUUCCGUCCCUGCGGCCUUCCCUCCUGUCGCACCCCUAUCGACUCCGCGAGACCCAGUCGGAGGACUUCUACAGCAAGGUGGACCUCCCCAUUCCCCUGAUCGAGGCCGACAAAAUCAUCCGGAGCGGCAAGUCGCUGAUCCGCAUGUUCGAGCCGCUGGUGAUCGGCGCCAUGAAGCUGUACAGAGACACGCACGAUCUCGGCCUGCAGAAACAGGUCCUCUUCGUCAUGACGCAGCUCAUCAAGUUCGGGAUUGACUUUUCGCGGCUCGACAAGGACCAGUCGUUCCUGGGUCACGUCAUCAAUCAAAUCAUGGGCAAGAAGUCCUACCUCCCGCACCCGCCGCACAUCCUGCCCUACAUAUUCGACUUCCUCUCCGUGCUCGCCAUCAUCCGCAAACACCUGCCCGGGCUCGCCGUACUGGGCGAGCUCUGGCACGUUGCUGCCCACUAUCGCCAGACGACGACCAAGUGGACCGAGGAGGACUGCGAGAAGGAGCUCACGGAACUGCGCGAGGAAUUUCUGGCACGCAUCCUCAAGCGGGCCAACCUGAGCCACGGCAUCGGGCUUCUGUCGAUCAUACUCUUCAAGAGCCGCUACCGCGUCGAAGAGUGCAAGGGGUAUGCGCUCAAGAUCGGACAGACCCUCUUCCCUCUGUUGGCCUCCGCGUCGCUCGCGGCCAACAUUGCCACCAACGACUAUGAAUUGCUGGAGCUCUACGCCCUGUUCGACAAGGUCGUGGAGAAGCACAGCGAAUCGGAGAAGACGAAGAAAGAAACCACCGACUCGCUUUGCGAAGGCUUCGUGCAAUUGUCCAUCAAAUCCGUGACCGGCCCCUAUUGGUUGCCGCCGGCCCUUGUGUAUUUGCGCUUCCUGGGCAUGCGGAGCGAAGAGGAAAUCCUGCCGGCCCUGGCUAAGCUCGACGACGACCCAGCGAGCUCAAGCCCCGGCGAGGAUGUCUUCGUCCGUCGCAUGAUGGAGCUCGUCCUCAUCGCCCUCCAGGACACGAUGAAGCGAGAGCAUGCGUCGGCGUUCAGUGUCGAGCUCUACGCGCAUCUGGUGACCCACCUGAUCGCCCUCGCCUCGCCCGCGCGCUUUCCGCGCAUACACGCGGCCAUGCGCGGGCUGUGGACGGACGCCGCCACCGACUUUGCCCACGCGAGGCUCUUCCCGCUCCUCUUCAGCGGACCCCUCGCCUACGGCCGCGAAGUGGCCUGCUUGUCGCUGGCGAUGCUCAAGUUCGCGCGCUCGUCGCGCACGGCCGCUGGUCGUGGCAAGCUGGGCUGGCGGGCGCGCGUGGUGGAGCUCACGGCGCUCGUGGGCUACCUCGCCACAUUCUUGGACGCGAGCGCCAGCCACGCCUGGUCGGGACUCACCUGGAGCGAAGACCUCGGCCAGUUGCUCAUAGAGCACACGAACGAGCCGACGGUGAAGAAGUUCGUGGCGUUGGUGGGCAGCGCCCUGUCGUCGCCGUCCAUGUACGCCACGGCCUCGGGCCGGUUCGCCUUCCAGCUGCUCGGCAGCCUGCGCAGCCGACUGCUCGGGAGCGGCAGCGCAGCCGGUCGCCAGGAGCAGGACUUCAAGAACCUCCUCGCCGCUCUCGGCAGCUUGCCGCCGUCCAUGGCCACUGUCGGGGUCCUGUUGCGCGUGCUGAAGCGUCGCGGUCGGUCCCUGUUCGCCGAGCGGCUGCUCUUGGCUCAACUGACGUCGGAGAUCUCCUACGUGCUCUCCAGCACCCGCAUCUACUUCAUUCUCCAAGGCAUUGACGGUCAGCCCCAGCGCGAGGCCAAGCUGCGGCGACAGGUCACCAAGGCUCGCCGGCGGUUCGACGCCCUGGGCUUCCCCGAGACCGCGCCACUAACGGUGGCCUUUGGCCGCUUCGUCGCCGCAGCGCUCGAGCUGCUGCCCAGCGGCGACAGCGACAAUGCGGCCGACGCCGACGCUGACGUAACGAUCGGCUUCUCGGCGCGCCAGCAGCGGGAGCGCGACAACACGGCCGACGUCCGACAGCGCCUGCACGGCGACAACUGGAAGCAGCUGAUCGUCGAGUUCGCAAUGGAGCGCUGUACUGCGGCGGUCAACGGCGAGGCCGGCGAGGCCGACGUGGCGACGGCGGACCACCUGGCGUCGGGCCUCAAGGCCAUCUACUACGCCGACAAGCCGGCAUUCCUCGCAUUGCUCAGGCGCACGACGCCGAAGCUGCAGUCCACACACAGCGACGCCGACGGCGCCGAGGAAGAGCCGGCGUGCGACCUGGGUCUGCUGGCGCACCUGGUGCUGACGUCGAAGCCGAUCAUGCGCGACGCCAGCGUGCGCAAGGCCGUCAUCGCCCUCAUCACGGCCCACAUCAAGUCCGUCAUCGCCGCCGACGCCGCCGACGCCCCUGAGCCGGCGUGGCACGACUUUGUGCAGGUGGUCAGGUCCGUGGUGUGCGUCCUUCAGUGCGACGGCCGCCCAUCGCGCAGCGUCGUGGCGGCUGCCAUGUCAUCGUCGUCGUCGGCCACGUCAGCAGCAACGGGACCCGCGGGAACGUCGUCGCCCAACGGCUCGUCCGCAUCGCUGCUGACGUCAUCAUCGGCCGCGCUGCUGGCCCACGUGGCCUCGCUGUCCGAGGCCCUCUACCAGCACCUCACCGAGCUCGACAUGCCCCGCCCCCCGCCGCCGGGCAAGACGGCGGCGUCGGAGGACGACCUGGUGGUGGUGCUCAAGUGCACCGAGCUCGUCAUCGCCAUCAGCCAGCGCGAGACCCUGACCGAGUGGCAGUCCGACGAUGAGAAGGCCACCUGGGAGCACAUGUUCGCCAGCAUCCUCCAGGUGCAAGAGCUGAUUUCGGGCAAGUCGGUGAGUGUGGCGGCCGACGAAGAGUGGCACGACGGCGAGCGGCGGCGCGCGGAGAUCAAGAUGGAGCGGGUGAUGGAGCUGCUGCUGUCGGAGGCCGACAACAAGCGGUUCGCCUACCUCCACGACACGUGCGCCGACAACCCGGUGGUCAACGCCUACUGCGACCUCGUCACCGCCCUCGCCCGCAAGGACGUCCAACUCAUCUACCCACAGAUCGUCGAAGGCGCCUAUUUGGAGUACGACCUGCUGCAGAACAUCAACAACAUGCACGACAGCAGCCGGCAGAAGUUCGAUGAGAAUCCGGAGAAGAUUCUGGCCAUCACGCUGCGCCUGCUCAACGCCGUCACCUGGGACCACAACUCGCAGUUCACCAAACUCUGGGCCAACCUGCUGGCAAUGUUCGACGUCAACAAGGUCAACGAGGAGUGGUGCAGUCUGAAGACGCAGUCCCUGCUGGCUCGUUCCCUGACGUCACUCCUCAUGCGAUCCUGCCUCGGCAUCGCCACCUUGCCCGAGACGACGACUUCGCCAACGCCGCUGAGCGGGUGGUACUACUGGCGCUCGGUGGGCACGAUGGCGUGGGACGCCUACUCGCUGGUCCACGUGCCGCGCGAGCGCGAGCUGAUCUACCUCAACAGCGAGAACGGCCGCACGCUGGUGAGCCUGCAGAGCGCGCUGGCCGCGGCCGUGUCGAAGCUGCACUCGCCCAGCGCCGCGUCGCUCGACUCGUGGCAGUUCCCGACGCCGCCCUCGGCCAACACGGCCCUGCAGAGCAGCAGCCUCGUCCAGCUCUCGCCCUACCACCAGAACAUCGAGCGCAUCGGCUGGCCUUCGCUGCGCUACUACGCCGGGCAAGUGUCGGUCCACGAGCUGCGACAGAACAGACAAUACAAGUGGCAGGGCAUCGACAUGACCAACCUGGUGGACGUGCUGCUGCGGUCGUUCGAGAAGAGGCUCGCCUCGGAGCCCGGAUCCAUGAUGGCCGCCGAGGCGAUGCGCGGCAUCCUCAUCCUCUCCGACCUCUUCCGCACCGACCAAUGGCGCUGGAUGUGCCAACUCUUCAUUCGCAUGCUCGAGGAGGACCAAGUGGACGACCAGGUGCAGCACUACUACCUGCUGGCGGGUAUUGCGAGGGCGCUGGCGGUGAGCGAGCGCGACUGCCUGGGCCUGGUGACGCCCAUGUGGGUGACCAACACGUUCCGCCACGCGCUCGAGAGCGCCCACCAGUCCGCGCGGCUCGCCGCGCUCAACGCCCUGCUCACACUCAUCGAAGGCAAUCUCACUCGCGUGUUGCUGCCGCUACUGCCAUACUUCUUCAAGACGAUCCUCGCGGCCCUCUGCGAAGAAGGCGGCGGGCAGUGGCUGGGAACGGCGCGGGAGCAGGCGCACCUGAUCGGGGUGGCGUUCCUGCUGAUCGAGCAGUACCCCAAGGAGUCCGAGGAGCAGGACUUCACCCGCCGCGCGCUCGCCCAGAUGAUCAAGACCGGCGAAAACUCGGACGACAAAAUGAUGUUGAGCGCGAUAUUUAGGGGCUUUGAUCGUCUGUUGAUCUCCUUCUCCCUGUCACACACGCACCGCAAACGCCUCGCCAAGUUUGCCAUGAGCAAGAUCCACUCGUUCGUGGGGCAGGGCGACGGUGAGCUGUUCCUGUAUUCGCUGGGCCUCAUGCUGACCGUCAUGUACACCGAGCGCGACAGCAAGCCCUCCAAGCCCCACCCCGCCACCUCGCCCACCGACCGUGAGAGCCGAAAUGAGGUGAGGAACAUCGAGCGGGUGACCAUCCUCUUCUCCAAGCUGCCCAGCUCGUCUUCCUUCGAGACGCAGGCCGUCAUCAAGGUGCUGCCGCGAGUGUUGGUGGACUUCUUCCGCGUGGAGCAGGCGCUGACGCUGGUCAUCGGCGAGUUCGUCAAGGCCGUGGCCAAAGGCGCACCCUCGCCCGUCACCCACGUCCUCUACAAGGGGCACAAGCAGACGCUGGCGCAGUGGAUCCUGAUCUGUGCGCCCAACUUCACCAACAUCCGCCAGGUCACGCGGUCGACCUGGGGCCUCGCCUGCCUCUUCCUGCCCCUGGCCAGUGAGCGAGCACUGCGCGCGCUGUUUGCUGACGUGGCACGAAUGGGCUACGUGCCCAUGGACCUCUUCCUGCUCAUCGCCUUCCACUUCUUCACCCUCCUGAUCGCCGAAGAGCCGUUCCCGUCGCUCCUCCACGUGUGCGGCGCCGAGGUCAAGCGCCUCCGGUCCCUGUCAUCGGACGACGACGCCGACGCCGACGCCGAGCCGACCAGCGCUGAUCGAUCCGCCGCCAACCUGUCGCCGCGCCGGGCGCUGUCAACGUCGGCGCUGCCGCCCGUCCAGUCGCUCAACGACCUGGGCUCGGAGGAGCGCGACCUGCACCACAGCCACCACAGCCACAGCGGCCGCCGGCGCGGGGCCAGCCCGCCGCUGCCCAAGGACCGGCUCAGCGAGAAGCGCAUCCGCGAGCGGUUCUACGCCCGCAUGCGCCGCGGCGGACCCGACGCCGGCAGCAGCGGGAGCGGGAGCGAGGGCGAGGUGUCGCCGCAGCUGCCCUACGACCACCACCGGUCGUCGCGCCGCGAGAAGAGCUACGACGAGGCCGCGCUGCAGCGCAUCAAGCACCUGGCCGACCGGCAGGACGCCGAGGCGCGCGGCGACGCCGACGGUGCGGGCGGCGAUGGGAGCAAUGAAAGGCGCCGCGAGCUGAGCUUCGACGAGGCGGCGCAGGGGAGGCGAAGGCUGGUGGCCGAGGAGGAGAAGGAGGCGAGGUCGAGCCCGAGUGUGCGGCGCCAGCUGCUGCCGACGACGGCGACGGGGUCGCUGACGCCGAACAAGCCGAAGAAGAAGCGGCGGGCCUCGCAGUCCAAGAAGGACAAGACCUCGUCGUCAUCGUCUUCUUCUUCGGCUGGCGAUGAUGAUGUCGAUGGCAGACGAGAGAAGGCAGAGGAGGAGGACGAGGAGAAGCAGCGGCCCAAGGAGGAGGACACUGAUGACCACCACAACCACCACAACCACAACGACGCGUCUGCCUGA